AUGACAGCCGUGGAGUGUCCGCGACCACUUCACACAAUCUUCCCCUCGUCGGCAGCGAACAAGACCCAAGAGCCAGGCCGCCGGGCUAUCAAUGGGUACAAGAAGAUCCGAUGGAAGAAGUACGACCCCAGCAAGAAGUCGCCCACUCCGAACCCAGAUCCUUUCGUACAAUGGAAGCCUCCAUCAUCGUCGCAAGAUGCACACCAAGAGGAGCGCAUCAAUCACCGUGGGGGACAGAAGGACGACGAGUCGAAAGCAGCACGGCAGUCCAAAGUCUUGAUGUGUCUCUCGCCAGUCGAGCCUUUGCCAUUCAAUGGUACUCGCAUGAAUCCUUUCCUAGCCUUGCCCAUCAAAACGACCGAAACGGUCCAGGAUACCAUGGACUACUUCAUCACGAUCUGCAAGGGGACCAACACUGACAAGUGGGUGUCCUCGGGCGCUGUCAAUCCUCAUCUGUCCCUCCUCCUGCCAUACGCUCUGAAACAUGCCAUUCUUUUUGAGUCAAUCAUCUCGGUCUGUCGGGCGUCUAUCCUCAUAUCGCUCGGUCGACCGAUAUGGGAAGACUAUGCCUUUGUGCAACACCGCGGCAGCACCAUCGCCCGGUUGAAUGCCAAGCUGAAGACCAACCAGGCUACCGAUAACGCAGCCUUACUGACCGUCACGAUGCUUAUGACCCUCGAAUAUCUCUGCGGCAACCAACGAGGCGUCCUGAUGCAUUGCAAAGGGCUGGAGAGGAUGCUGGAGCUGCGUGGCCCACUCGAGGACGACGAACAACCAGGCACAGAGUCGGAAUGGCUCAAGUUUGUCAAACUCGGUCUCACAGUCUACAAGGCGCUGGGAUCGUUCGUGACGGGACAACCACCAGAGGCGCCGCGCGACUCGGUCGCCUACCUCAGCGAAACGUUCCAAGAACUCCAACUCGACCAGCCGCUCUCGUACCCAGAAACCCCCUUCUCGCCAGACGUGUGCAUCAUCCUGUCGCGCCUCCCCUCGGGCCUCUCGGAACUGUGCCUGACGUCCCAAAUUUCCAUCCAGAUGAUCAAGCUGCUGGCGUCCAUCUCGGCGGCCACCGCCCUGCUCGCGACCGAACCCGUUGCGUACAACAACCUGCCCAUCGACACCUGGACACCGUCUCCCUCCUUCUCGGGGGAGCAAGACCUCCCUCUCCCCGCGGAAUCGUCCCAGUUGGACGAACAGCGCAAACACCUCAUGAUCCAGACGAUCCUCUCGUCCCUGCAGCGCAUGUCCCUCACGACCAACACCCCCAUCGAGUACCACCUCACGUCGGGCCUGCUGUCCUUCCUCUUCCAGCUGCGUGACCUCGGCCCGAUAAAUCUGUUCUACGACCCGAUCCUGCGCAAAUUCAUCACCACGCUGCCCACCCACACGAAACCCACGUCCCUGCAGGAACAGAGCUGUUUCAUCUGGGCGAGCAUGGCCGUGGCAGGCACAUUGGCCCUCCGCGUCGUCCCCAUGCCGGACUCGCAUUUGGUCAUGGACCACUGCCUGGAGCUGUACCCGCAGGCCCGAAGCUGGGCGCGGCUGGACAAGAUCCUGCGCACGUACUUCUUCACCGACGAGAUCGGCGCGCACUGGCGCCGAGUGUGGCAGCGCGCGAUGAACAGGCGGGAGUUUCUCCUCCGCCAGCGUCGCCAGCAGGUGACCUACACGGAUGCCGACUUGGACUACAACGAUGUGAACGACGGCGGGGACGACGCGCAAGCCGGCCUCACGACGCCGGACCGGAUCCUCAACCAGCUCUCCGUCGAGUCGCCCGCUGGCUUUGAUAUGAACUCCGAGGCGAUAAGAGCGCUUGUGCAGCAGCACAUUGCCGGGGCGCCGCGCAGUGUGAUUGAAAUGUCCCAGGCCAUGGGACUGUGUCCGUUGCGGUCGCGGUGGGCCAGUGCCGGAGGUGCCCCUUCCACUCCGGGCAGUACCUCCCAGCGUACGGGUACGGCCACGACGACGCCGAGCCCGCGGAGCGUGAGCACGCCAGUGUCGCCCAUCAGUUGA